AAGGGUGGAAAAUCGAACGCCAGAUGAGGGCCGGCAACGUGAAUCCGCGCAAAGGACGAAAUAUAAAAGCGGGGGAAAAGAGAGAGCUGCUCAAGCAUCGUAGCACAUUGGCUUAAGUUGCUACUUGUGAAUUUGGUAGAUUGCGAGCAACCAUGGGCUCCUUCCUCUCCCGCCUCCUCAGAGCUUUGGGGCUGGGCCCCAGAGCUCCGGCUGCCGCUCCGGCCACCACUGUCUCGACUGACUCUCCGUCGCAGUCUUCGUCGUCGGACUCUCCGCCGAGGCAUUCUCGUGUCCAGGCGUUGCACUCCACCCCACCGUGGCAGCUCCACUUCAACACCGUCAAGGAGACCCCCAAAUUGAUGUUGAUAGACUUCACGGCGUCCUGGUGCGGGCCCUGCAAGAGCAUGCAGCCAGUCGUGGACGCCAUGGCUUCUAAGUUCACUGAUGUCGAUUUCGUUAAAAUCGACGUCGAUGAGUUGUCCGAUGUGGCGCAGGAGUUCGGAGUGCAGGCGAUGCCGACGUUCGUGCUGGUGAAGAAAGGGAAGGAAGUGGACAGGCUUGUUGGGGCGAGUAAGGACGAGCUCGAGAGGAAGAUCCAGAAGCACAGGGGUCUCGUGCCUACCCGUUGAGUUCGAUUCUUUUGCUCUUCUUCUUCUUCAUGGGGAAAACAAGAGAGAGAGUUUUUAUUGUAUCUUCAGUUCGACUAUCGCGCGCGAACGUUUGCUUUACCUGAAUUGCGAAGCAUUAGGAGAAUGUUUCAUGUUUGAUCUGGUGUGUAACGUCUGAACUUGUCUCAUGCUAAUUCUAACGUUGGCAUUAUAUCGAUG